AUGGCAUCAAAACCCAUUGCAACCACCAAUGAGGUGAUCGAGAGCGCUGUUAUUCGUGCGCCCCUGUCGCAUGUGUGGCACUUCAUCAAGCUGGCUGAGUUUGACAAGUUCUGGCCAGCGAUCGAAAAAGCUGAACAUGUCAAGGGUGUCAGCGAUGAGACGGAUGUGGUCAGAUGGAAAUUCAAGGACGGCAGCAUUGCUGAGGUCAAGCAGGAUGAACACAGUGUGGGUGGCUACAAGCAGCCCAUUAUCGAAAGUGUGAUCGAGGAUGCCAAGUAUAAGCGUCAGGAAGCCCUUCAAGGCCUGGCUGAGGCCGCUGCUCGAAUGUUGAAGGAACAUCAAAAGAAGUAG